ACAGGGACAUGGAUAAAACAGGGGUUUGCAGCAAAAGCCGUAAUACCAUAAGGACAGAUCUCAGUCUGCUGCUGGAGUGUCUGAAGUUUCAGAUGAAAUGUCCCGAUUUGCAAAAACAAGCUCUUCUCACCAUUCACUCAAUCUGUGAAAGGAGAGAAGACAAUGUGGACCUGCUGAGGGAAAUGGGAGGUGUGUCAUUUGUGUAUAACCUCUCCAAAUCCGCUAUUGUUCGCUCAGAUGUAAAGGAGACUGCGCUCUUUACGCUUGGCACGUUAGCAGAGGCCAAUGUGUAUUGCAAGAAUUAUCUCUGCAGAAAGGAGACAUUUACAGACCUUGCUGGUUGGUUGCUGAAAGAAGACAUCCCGCUGACACAGAAGAGAGUGUCUGUGUAUUUGCUGUCUGUGUUGGUGGCCAACAACAAAUCAGGACAGACUUUAGGCCAAACGACCGGCUGCCUGGAUAUUCUAUUGGACCUCUUCAGGACCACUUCCCCUCUCUCUACAGAGCCUACUUUCAGAGCAGCUAAUGCUACUCAAACCUACCAGCUUUGGGCAUCUGUGUCUAGUGCUCUCUGUGGAUGUGUCAACAACCCUCAAAAUGAGGAGGGUCAGCGUAUUUGUGUGGCAGCCUUUCCCAUAAUACAAGUCUGGCUUCAGCAGAUUGCCUUGCAGCAUACUGAUAUUUUUCAACCCAUAUGUUCCUUUAUAGCAAUGACAGUUGCCAACAACUCCUAUGUUCAGGAGAGUUUUUCUGCCUCAGGGUGUCUGGAUACUCUCACUCUUGCACUGGUUCGUCUAGCUUCUGCAGCAGAUACAAGCUUGUUGUCUUGCCAGCUCUCUGUCACUAUAUCCAAGACCCUGUCCGCUUGCAUCACAGAAAACUCUUCUCUGGCUUCGGGUCUUUCUCAGUAUGGCUUGGUUUCCCACCUCUUCUCCCUGCUGGCUAGCCCACACUUGGACCCUGAGGACAGGCUGUCUGUUUUACUCUCUCUGGGCCACUGCACUGAGGCCUCUGAGGAGCACCAGUCCCAGCUGGUGCAGUGUGGAGGCCUGCCCCUUAUCAUAACCCUACUCACAGAAGAUACAAGUGAGGAGGUUAGGAAGGCUGCUACAUUCAUAUUGCAGACCUGCAAACAGGCCACCAUGUCCCUGGGAGUGACUGGUCUGAUGGUGAAACAGGGGGAGGGUGAAAAUGUGGAUCCCGUUAUAAACAUGGAAGGCUUCAAGAGCUCAGCCAGAGAGUUGCUGCGCAGGAUUGACCUGCUGGAAAGGAGAGAGGCAAAGGAUGCUGAGGAUGAACAGGACGACACAGAGCCAUUAACUUCAAAUGAAGGUCUAGGCCAACCCUCUCUGGCUCCAGGCUACCCUCUGCCUCUGCAGCGGAAGGGGAGCAUUAAAACCAUUCACACAGCAUACAGACAGAACAGCACUCUAAAGCAUGUAGAAGCAGGGGCUGACAACAACAUUAAACUUCAAACUGUAAGAAAUGUGAUCAAGAUACAGAAUGACAGCGAACUGAAGCAAAUGAGCUCCAAUUUAAGUAUGCAGAGAGAGACGGCUAAAGCCAGUGGAGGGGCUGUGUGGUGUUCAGUGUGCAAUGGAACUGGAGCCCUAAUGCCUUCCCAUCUGCAGUCACUAGAGGGAUGCAGAGAGCCUCGCACAGCAGACAAUCAGUUGUUAAAGCCCCAAGCAUCAGUGAGGCACAGUGUACCGAAAGAAAUCAGAUGUUCUGAUGAAGAAGAGUUGCAGAACAGUGAGAUAAGCACGAUGCGGAAAAUCCCAGUGGAGGAACACUCACUAUCUCGUGUCCGGUGUGCAGGUUGUGUGUUGCCAUUUGAGGAGGUGACCAGUCGCACUUUUGAGUCUCUGCAAAGCUCCUGCCAUCACAGCUGUGACAUGCACAAGACCCUCCAGGAGGCCACAGAGCGGUUCAGGACUCGUCACUGCAACCUUCUGCUCGGGAGAGAGUACCAAGACGAUACUGUGGAGCGAGCAAACCAACAGUCUGAAAGAGUUUCAGCUGCAGAGCCACAGAGAAACUGGAUUAACUGGAGCGAGGUCAGCCUGACUCCCAUAAGUAAAGGAGCAGUGAAAGGCAAGAGCUCCCUGCCAGAACAUCACUGGAAGAAUCACAAUGGCAUCGCUUUGACUCCACUGCAUAGAGGAGCUAAAAAGGAGACAUUGACCGCUUACAACAAGACUGAGAGAAUAGGAGAGAUUAAAAGUGGACAUCACACUAUUGAUGACGAGCCGAGGACAAGCACGGAUCAUUGUUCCACUGGAAGGAAGAGGAAAGACUUCAGCAGUGAGGAGGUGCGUUACCUACUGUGCGGUGUGAAGACUUUGGGCUUCUCCUGGAACUCUAUCUUGUGGUCAUACCCCUUCCAACCUGGACGCACCAAUGUCGACCUGGCCAAGAAAUACAGGCGGCUAAUGGUAUCAAGAGAAAAUGUCUUUUAAGUAAGACAUUCGAUAUUUACCAUCCUAAAUGUGAAAUUGAAUCAAGUUUAACUGCCUGAUUGUUCUGAAAGUCUAGGAGUCUGCAUAAUCCUGGUUCUGAUAUCCUGGGCGAGCCAAUUAAUAAAUGCCCCCUGUUAAUAAUAGAUUUGACUCUUUACACACUGUAUUUAUUGGAAAAAAAACAAAUAAGUACUUAUCUGAUAUAUUAAUAUAGUGUACUCUCAGUAUUUAAAAAAAAGAAAAAAUGUCGUACUUUGUACAUGGUGUCCGUACUUUGCACUGUUUUUAAAAUAGUUUGUGCAACCUUUUCAGUGCUUUGACACAUACUGUUAAUUGUUUCUUUUUGUUGUAUGUUAAAACAUUAAAACAGGUGUUUGAGAUUAUUAAACAUCUCUGUCAGAAUGUUCUCUGUCAAAUAGUAUUUGUAUUUGAUUUUGUUAUGAUGAAUUGUAAUAGAUUUUGAAUAAAUUUGAUGA